AUCGUCUCUGAAAAUUCAUUUGCGUCAAUUUUAACAGGCCUGUUUUGACACUUUUAUAUUUGGCGUCAACGACGGUCUGACGUGAGUAAAAUCAGUUUUAAAACUUCCACUUUGUCGCUGUUUGUUUUUGAAGUGUCAAAUAAUUGCCGACAGAGGAUCAGAAAGAACCUUUCGCAACACAAGUACAACUUCCUGGUUUUCCGCGUAGAAUCAAUGAUUGGAAUAUGGAAAUGAGAAAAGUUCGAAAGUUCAAGGUUUAUAUUAGCAUCGAUCACCGUGUAACAUGUUGCUGAAUCACACUGAAAUAAUAGCAGUGCUUAUCAAAGGAUUUUUUUCCAGGGUUCAUCUGGAUGCUAAAGGCAGACUGUAUCUGUGAAUGGACAACGCCAAGAGUUCUUUAUUUUGCAAACUAGUCAUUUUGCAGGUUUUAGUGACAUUUACGCACGCAUGGAAUUCAGGAGCUGAUCAUUACUGGCCUUUAAAUGAAAUAGCAUAUGGACGAGUGUAUGAUCUUGCUGCACAUCCUACCUACAAAAGGUGGAUAGGGAGUAUUAGAGGAAAUGCUGAGAUCACGUGGUCUAAUCCUCAACUCGCCCUAGACCUCUACGGUCAAGAUUCGUGGCUAGAUCUGGGAUUCAGAUCUAACUCUUGUUACGUGGACGUGAAAUACUGCAACCAGACUGGUAUUUCAAUUACGUUUUGGGUAUCUUUUCGUGAAGCUAGCUCGACACAAGGAUUGAUUGAGUUUGGAAGUGGUGACUGCGGGCUCCUGCUCGUUCGUACAUCUGACCAUGAAAUAAAUGCCACCAUUAGAAGUAUGGAGCUAGAACACACUUGGAGUGUGCAAAGUUUGAAUGCAAGUAUUCGUGAUGGGAUGUGGCAUCACUUUGCGAUAACAUGGAACGCUAGUGGGGAAAUUCAUCUCUUUAUUAAUGGUACAAGGUUAAACAAUGUAAGCAGAGAGGUAAUUUCAAAUGUGUCUUGUGCUGAUACAAACUGCUCCUGUGACUGGUCGAUGAAAGUAGGCACCAUGACCCGCCAGAACUCGACCGUCCAAUCAAAGUCGUCCGUAAAGCUUGCCAGGCUGUUCCUAUGGCACUAUGCACUUAGUAACGAGACAAUUCUUGAAUUAUCGAAAGAAGUUCAAGGAUUAUUUUUCUCAAACAGGGGAUGCUACAGCAGUUGGAUAGCCAGUUUACAAUUCUGCUAUCUCAUCGAGCGUCACUUAGAACGAACUUGGCAUGAAUCCAAAAAGACUUGUGAUGAAAAUCUCGCAAAUCUCGCUAGUAUUGGGAGCCAAGAGGAAUACGACUUCCUAGAACAGGUGCUGCAUAAGAAACAAGUAUCAAGCUGCUUGCAUAUUGGCUUGCAAACGCAUGAUACUGACUCCAUACCGUCUUGGGUAGAUGGAAACUUGAGGAGUUUCUCCAAGCUUAACAUUACUUCUGAGCAAGAAAACAAGACAAACACGUGCGUAUACCGAGGUGUGGAUGGACUGUGGUAUUUGACUAAAUGCAACACGAGAUGCGGUUUCAUCUGCAAGAAAUAUAGAGUUGGCAUGUUUAGAAACGCUGAAUUCCAUUGCCGAGUUAGAAGAUACAAUCACCAACUAGUGGGUCAUCGGUUGACUAUCCGAUGGGUGCAAAAUGAACUGGCUUGUGCAAUUGACUGUUUGAUUUAUGGCAAGGGUUGUGAAUCAUACAACUAUCAACACAACAACCUGGCAUCAAAUGGGCAGAACCUUUGCGAGUUAAACAGCUCAAAUCAGCACAAAAAACCUGCGAGUCUAGUCUCCAAUAUUGGUUUUCAGUAUUGUGAGAGAGUUUCCUAAGAAGUUCUGAAAUAGGAAAAUUAAUUUUCAUACAGGUGACUGACACCACGUUCGUAGCUCUCAGAACUAGCUCAGUCCGAAUUCCAUUGCUCUUGCACUACAACCAUGGACAAUCAGUGUUGGAAAAUGCUCAAACACUUGACUUCAUGUCUGUAAUAACCACAGAAUAGUUUUCAGCACCUCUGUCUCCCCUUCCAGUGUUGGUAAAUGGUCAAAUACAAAAUUUUGUUUGAUAAAAAGUGUUUUGCCAACACGCGGAGGGAAAAAUGGCUCACACUAGAAAAUGAACUUUUCCAACACUUAUGACCAGGGUUUUAGACAAAAAGACUUUUGCUCAAAGCGAGGGAUGAAGGGAUUCAGUUAACGCGUUUACAUCCUUGUUGCCACCCACUGAAUGCAGACCAUGUGAUGAUAUUCAUUUGGGAGGCAACAAUUGUUCUGUUUGAACAUGCUUUCAUGCAAUCAUUUGCGUGUGGCAAAUCACACAAUUAAAUCGUCACGUGGUCUGAAUUGGGUGGCAACAAGGAUGUCAACACGUUAGCCGAGUCCGUCUAUUGGCUCACACAGCGGAGAAGUAAGAGCUUCUAUGCUCGCGAAGGGUAGGUUAUGGGUUACUAAAUGGGAGGGUCUGGUUAUAAAGAAAUAUAUACACGAGGUUGGUGAUCGCAGAGUCAUGGCAAACGGGCGGGACGGAAUGAGGCCUAUAUUAAAUGAGCCAGAGAUAAAUGAUUUCCCGUCAUCAGGUAUUGCUUCUUUGGCAUACCACCUUUGUCAAUGUUGAUGUUGUCGGAAAGUAGGGAAAAUAUUAAUGUUUAGGUAAAAGCUGAACUGUUCUGACAUCGACGCGUCCAAACGUCCUUUUUUUUUGACCGACUCACGUCAAUCUUUCCCGCUUCCCCGCCAGAGAGAAAUCCAACGGUGGAAUAAUAAAUUGGCCAAUUGUAGUCAAACUGUCACCCACCAAACGGUAGCUGAAUAAUCUGCUAUUGCUCGUGUGCUCACCACCAGGGUUUCCAGACUUGCCUUUCAAACCAUCCUGGGAUAUCAUCUAACUCCCCAAAAAAUAAAAUAAAAUAAAAUUAAGGCGUUAUUAUUGAUGCAUUAUUUUGCGUGAAAACUAAUUAGUUUGCUAGUUCGUUCGUUUGUUGGUUGGUCGUUAGUCUGUUUUUAGCCACCUGAUGUCUAUCCUUCCGCAUAGGAUAACAAUUCGAAUAACUUUUUGUUCAACAAGCAAUCGUUGUAAAAGCAAUAAGUAUCUACCGAUACAUCACUAUCAAUUAAGUGGGUCGUGUACGUAGUUUGGUUUAUUAAUAGUUAAGAGCUCAGUAACAAAUGAAUAAUUGUUAAAUAGCCAAUAGAUGUCGAUUCCUCCGAUGAAUGACGUUAUCCACCCUUUGAACAACCGGAGCUGGUUGGAUACCUUGCGUCUUGAUCGAUGUUACAAACCAAGAAGAUCCAAACAUGAUGCGAGAACUUUUACUUACUUUAAUUAUAACACUGCAUCACAGUUCUAAUUUUCCACAAUUUAAAGGAACUGAACAGUGAUAUUUUGGAUAACUUUUAAAACACUAUCAAGUAAGUGAAAGGACGAACCACGCCCUUUUCUACCCAAUUAUUAUAAUUAUUUUACUCAAACGUACUAUAACAAAAUUCUCAGAUCUGACUGGUUAUAAGCAGGCCCGAAUCGGGCGCUAAUUGGCCAGUGCGCGUCAUUUGCACGCGCCACUAUGGAACAGUUGCACUUGAAAGAGUUUUUUUCUGGUGAAUCUCGAAGACAACUCUAGUCAUCAACUGCUUAAGCUAUGGUUAUAUAUUUCUUUCCGCAAAUUUUGUUAUAGUAAUGACUCGUGAUUAACAAAUCAGACUACCGCUUCGGAGUUGUUUGAUAUUGUGAACCAUUGUUACGAUUACAGAACGAAUUGGACUCUACUUGGUCCUUUCACCAUUAGUAGCGAAUUAAAUCAUUAAAUUAAUUUCUUAAUGAGACAAAAACAAUGUUUUCUGACUUCUUUUAAGCUAAUAUAACCUUACAGGUACAGGUUCCAGAUAGUUUGUUUCAGAAUACGUCCAGUCGAAACGAGUUUUAUGAUAAAAUAAAAUCCAGUAUAAUCCCUACAUCAACAGUGUCCUAUAUAAAUAACAUUCACUAAAUCUUGAAACGACUUUAAUUUACCCAUGUAGGUGUCAUAAAAGCUAAACUAUUAAUUAUCACAGUAAUACUAAGUACUAUCUCGUCCAGUGCCAAUCAAUAAAGUUUGUUUCAUUUUGGCA